UGUAAAUAUUAAAAAGACAUAAUAUGGGUGACGAAGAUGAAGUAAAUAUUUAUGAUGGUAUCCUGCCGUGUCAGGGUAGACAGGGUGGUAUGUACCCACAGGUAGACAUCUCUAUUUGGCUGCGCAGCUGCACAGGUGACCAGCCAGAAACAGCUGGUCAGCUAACCGGUAAUAUACCUACCUGGCUGUCAGGCAGUCUGAUUCAGAAUGGGCCGGGUAAAUUCUCGUUUGGGUCUGACGUCUUCAAACAUCUGUUUGAUGGGUCAGCUGUUCUUCAAAAGUUCACGAUUGCCAAUGGAAAUGUCCACUACUCUUGCAAGUUUGUUAAAACAAAGGCUCUUCAAAAAAAUCAAAAGGCGGAGAAGAUUGUUAUUCCUGAGUUUGGAACAACUGUCUCUAAACCCUGGUGGGAACGGGUUAAACUCUCCAGGAGUAAUGUAAUGUCUGAUAACACCAUGAUCACGGUCUACCCGUUUGAUGGUUCCCUCUACACCUUCUACGAGUCCCCAUUCAUCUACAGCAUUGACCCUCACACUCUCAACACAGGGAAAAGGGAGGAUCUUGGGAAGUUGGGAAUGAUAUCACAUGCCAGCCAUGUGCACUUUGAUAAACAGGGAAAUAUGAUCACACUGGGCAUGAAACUUUCAGCUAGAGGUCCAGUGUAUGCUGUUACCUCAUUCAGUCGUGAAACAGCUUCAGCGGCGGCCUUGGAAAUAAAUCCCACAGUAUCUGCAUCCAAGAAAGCUACAACUGGUCCCAAAACCUCGCUUGCUUGCCGCGGAACAGAACUAUACCGGGUUCCUUGCCGACGUAUGUUCAAUCCUGGUUAUAUGCAUUCCUUUGCUACAACACCCAGAUUCACUGUUCUGAUAGAGCAACCUUUGACGGUUAGUGUAAAGAAAAUGGUUUCUGCAUUAAUUCGGAACCGUCCAGUAGCAAGCACACUUCAGUGGCAGGGUACUUCAAAUGUCGUCUUUCACUUGAUAGAUAAGGUUACAGGGAAGAAGCAUCCAAUAAAAUACACUUCUGCUGCAUUCUUCUAUCUUCACACAAUCAAUGCUUAUGAGGACGGAGAUCAUGUAGUUGUGGAUAUCUGUAGUUAUGAUAGUCCAGCAAUGAUGGACUGCAUGUUCAUUUCAGAACUUCAGUUUGCUCAAUCCAACCCGGCAUACGCAAACCUUUUCAAGGGGAGACCAAAAAGAUAUAUCCUACCAUUGAAGAUAAACCCUGAUCGACAAAACCAGGUUGAUUUACCGUAUACUAAAGCCAGAGCUAAUAUAGUAAAAACUUCUGCUCUAAAUAUUGUACCACAGGUAAUCUGUGAUGAUGGAUGUGAAACCCCUGCCAUCAAUUAUUCACAAUUCAACGGCAAACCUUAUCAGUUUUUCUACGCAAUAACAAGUGAUGUAGAUGCAGAGAACGCUGGCAAACUGUUAAAAGUAAACGCAAAAACUGGUGAGGUGCUUACAUGGUGUCAACCGAACACCUACUGCUCAGAACCGGUUUUUGUUCCAAGACCUGAUGCCAAGAGUGAAGACGAUGGAGUCUUGAUAACUUCAGUUAUACGCGGCAAACCAGAAGUAAGAUAUUCAGGUCUGGUCGUACUUAACGCUGAGGAUCUAGUUGAGUUGGGUCGUGUAGAGUUUGAGCUGCCUGGUCCUGUUCCGAAACCUCUACAUGGAUGCUUUCUACCUUCAUGGGACUAUAAUCCUGUUUAUUAACAGGAUUUCAUUUAUUUAUUUAUAAUGUAAAAACCAGAUGUUUACCGCUUUAAUUAAUUCUAAUGUUUACCCGACUAAUUAAUCCUGAUGUUUACCCGAUUAAUUAAUCCUGAUGUUUACCAGAUUAAUUAAUCCUGAUGUUUACCGGAUUAAUUAAUCCUGAUGUUUACCCGACUAAUUAAUCCUGAUGUUUACCAGAUUAAUUAUAAUCCUGAUGUUUACCGGAUUGAUUAAUCCUAAUGUUUACCCGAUUAAUUAAUCCUGAUGUUUACCCGAUCAAUUAAUCCUGAUGUUUACCAGUGAAAUGAAACCUAAGGUUUUCAAACCAAAUUUCCUAUUUUAAACAAAUACUUAAAAUAAUCCUAAAAAGUGUAAACAUAAACAUAAACCCCAGGAUCUAUCACAAGGCGUAAUAUCUAAUCUCAUAUUUAUUAUUUCAUGAAUGUUUAGUAAUAAAUAAACGAGAAUUUCUCUAUUCACAAGUUA